GUGCAUGACUUUGGCCAGUCCUACUCCAUUGCCUCACCGCCCAACGAUUACCCCGGCACAGCAAUGAACUACCUACCGCCAGAGAUGCGCUUCGAAGGACGUGCCGGCCUCGAGGCGGACGUGUGGAAUUUGGGAUGCGCAAUCUUCGAGAUCCGCGCGGGCUGCCCGCUCUUCGAGUCGUUCUUUGGGAGCGACGCGGACAUCCUAAGACAAACUGUCGAGGUGCUCGGAAAGUUGCCCGACCCGUGGUGGGGAUCCUUUCGAGAGCAUGCUCUGUGGUUUGAAGAGAAUGGAGAACCGAGGAGCACACAGGCUCAGCAAUCCUCUGGUGUUCUCAUCCCAUCUUCCAAAAGCUCUAUUCAGGCAAGGCUGCACUCAAUCGGCACGUUGGACGAGCCACCAUCCGUCGACGAGGGUCCUAUGAUCGAGAAGCCUGGGUCAGCUUUAGACGAAGAAGAGAUAGGGUUAUUGGGGGAUUUGCUGGUGAAGAUGUUGAGGUAUCGUCCAGAAGAGAGAAUGCCGAUGCGGGAGGUUAUGUGUCAUCCCUAG